AUGGAUGAUUUUGUCUUUUGGAAUUUCUCUCUUGAUGGUGUGUUCUCGGUUCGCUCUGCUUAUGCUAUGUUAUUGCGUAAUAAUCAUAAUGUUGCUUCGCCGGCUUCUAGUCCUUCUGCAGAUUGGUGGAAGCACUUCUGGGGUUUGCAUAUUCUUCCUCGUUUUAAGGUUUUUAUUUGGAAAUUGGUGCGUCAGGGGCUUCCGUUGGCAGCUACUCUUCAUCAGCGAGGCAUGUCGAUCGAUCCGUCUUGCUCUUUCUGCCACCUCGAUCCAGAAACUUCUUCUCACUUAUUCAGGGACUGCCCUGUGAUUGCUCAUGUGUGGACUUCUGGUCCUCUUAGGACUUUCUGCCCGACUCAUUCCGCUGGUUUGUUUGUUGACUGGUGUGUUUGCUUUGUGUGCAAUAUUCUGUCUUCUCCAUUACAUAAUGCGCUUCUUGACCUUCUUGGCUCUAUCCUUUGGAGUAUUUGGGGUAUUCGUAAUGGGAUACGGUUCCGUAAUGCGGUGUGGGAUCCUGGGGCCCUUUCAGUUAUGGUUCAGGGUUGGGAGUCUAGGUGUAUGGCGGCUCAGUUGCUCCGUCGUCCAAUUCUCUCUCCGCACUUGAGAAAGGAUCCUAUUCCCCUGAAGUCUCCAGCUUGGAGUUCUUCUCUGAUCUCUGUGCAGGAUAUGGGUUUUGAUGUUUGGAUUCUGUUUGAUGGGGCUUGGGAUGCUUCUUCAAAUAAUGCUGGGAUUGGUUGGAUUAUUCAAGAUCCUUCGUCCCUUCUGUGUAUUGGGGGUGGGGCUCAGGCUUGUAUUCUGGGGUCUGCUCUGCAGGCUGAGCUUUCUGCUUGCUUAGGGGCGAUCAAAAUGGCUCUUCAUAAGGGUUUUUCGAGGCUAAUGUUGUGCUCAGAUUGUGCGGUUCUAGUCUGUCUGUUAUCCAGGGAUGACAUCGCUCCGGUGGCGGUCUCUUGGAUGGUUCAGGAGAUUCGGGAGCUGCUUCGUUUAUUAUCUAAAGUUAGUAUUCGCAAGGUCUCUCGUCGUUUAAUUGCUUCGGCUCAUGACCUGGCCACUUCCGCCAGGGAAAGGAAGCUUCUUAGUUAUCGGUUUUAG